GAGAAAACAGGAACGGAUGACAGAGUGCUGAGGGAGGAAGAAAGUGUCUCUUGCAGCCAUACAGUAUCUCGACUGUCAACACACUGUACAUCGGAACUCUCUGGAAGGAGAAUACCUGCAAUCCGGAAUCAUACAUAAGACUGUGGUUUAACAACAUGUCAGCCAAAGCCAUAUCUGAGCAGACGGGGAAGGAAUUCCUCUACAAACACAUUUGCACUGCAGCCGCUGUUCAGAACCGUUUCCGCUAUGCUAAUGUGACCGCAGAAACUGACUGGGAACGGCUGGUCCAGGAUCACCCUUGGCUUCUGACGGAGAGAUUGGUUGUUAAGCCAGAUCAGCUGAUCAAGCGCCGGGGAAAGCUGGGAUUGGUGGGUGUGAAUCUGGAUCUGACUGGCGUGAAAGAAUGGCUCAAGCCCUGCCUUAUGAAGGAGACAACGGUGGGGAAGGCUAAAGGCAUUCUUAAGAACUUCCUGAUUGAGCCCUUUGUUGCCCACAAGCAGGAGGAGGAGUUUUACGUGUGUAUCUAUGCCACACGUGAGGGCGAUUACAUGCUCUUCCAUCAUGAGGGAGGUGUGGAUGUGGGAGAUGUGGACUCCAAAGCUCUAAAACUCCUGGUGGGAGUGGAUGAGAAGAUCGACCCUGAAACAGUCAAGAGUCAUCUCCUCCAACACACUCCUGCUGAAAAGAAAGAGGUGUUGACUAGUUUCCUGGUGGGCUUGUUCAACCUGUACGAAGACUUGUACUUUACAUACUUGGAGAUCAACCCUCUUGUGAUCACUAAGGAUGGAGUGUAUGUGUUGGACAUGGCUGCUAAAAUUGAUGCUACAGCUGAUUACUUAUGUAAGGCCAAAUGGGGUGAUGUGGAUUUUCCCCCUCCCUUUGGCAGAGAGGCCUAUCCUGAGGAGGCGUACAUUGCCGAUUUAGAUGCUAAGAGUGGUGCCAGCCUCAAACUCACUCUUUUGAACCCACGCGGACGGAUCUGGACUAUGGUGGCAGGGGGUGGAGCUUCUGUCGUGUACAGUGACACAAUCUGUGAUCUGGGUGGAGUCAAUGAACUGGCAAAUUAUGGAGAGUAUUCAGGUGCUCCAAGUGAACAGCAGACCUACGACUACGCCAAAACCAUCCUGUCCCUCAUGACCCGUGAGAAACACCCCGAUGGUAAAGUCCUGAUAAUUGGAGGAAGCAUUGCCAACUUCACUAAUGUGGCGGCAACAUUCAAGGGUAUUGUCAGGGCAAUCAAAGAUUACCAGAACCCACUGAAAGAGCAUGAGGUCACUAUAUUUGUCCGACGUGGCGGCCCAAACUACCAGGAAGGUUUAAGAGUGAUGGGGGAAGUUGGAAAGACCACUGGUAUCCCCAUUCAUGUGUUUGGCACUGAGACUCACAUGACAGCAAUUGUUGGAAUGGCACUAGGUCACCGGCCAAUCGCCACACAGCCUCGCGGUGCGGCCCACACUGCCAACUUUCUUCUCAACUCUAGCAGCGGUGCCACUACUCCCGCCUCCACCAGAUCUGCCUCUUUCUCUGAAGUCAAGACUGGAGCAGAAAGCUCUUCAGCUCAAAAGACCCGAACAGGAGUUCCAGCAGCCAAAAGCACCACUCUGUUCAGUAACCACACCAAGGCCAUAGUGUGGGGGAUGCAGACGCGUGCUGUGCAGGGCAUGCUGGACUUUGAUUACGUGUGCUCACGUGAGGAGCCGUCAGUAGCAGCCAUGGUUUACCCCUUCACCGGAGACCAUAAACAGAAGUUUUACUGGGGUCAUAAAGAGAUCCUGCUGCCAGUAUAUAAAAACAUGGCUGAUGCCAUGAAGAAACAUCCAGAGGUGGACGUGCUCAUCAACUUUGCCUCCCUUCGUUCUGCUUACGACAGCACCAUAGAGACCAUGCAGUACACGCAGAUCCACACCAUAGCGAUCAUUGCUGAAGGUAUCCCCGAGGCUUUGACUCGCAAGAUCAUCAAAAUGGCAGAUGAGAAGGGAGUUACCAUUAUUGGCCCUGCAACGGUUGGUGGUAUUAAACCAGGCUGUUUUAAGAUUGGUAACACUGGUGGAAUGCUGGAUAACAUCCUGGCUUCUAAGCUGUACAGGCCGGGAAGUGUUGCCUAUGUGUCUCGCUCUGGAGGAAUGUCCAACGAGCUCAACAACAUCAUCUCACGCACUACUGAUGGAGUCUUUGAAGGAGUUGCCAUUGGAGGAGACAGGUAUCCAGGCUCUGUGUUUAUGGAUCAUGUGUUGAGGUACCAGGACACACCAGGAGUGAAGAUGAUCGUUGUGCUCGGAGAGAUUGGAGGAAAUGAAGAGUACAAGAUUUGUAAUGGUAUUAAAGAGGGCAGAAUCACCAAACCUGUAGUCUGCUGGUGUAUCGGAACCUGUGCCACCCUGUUCUCCUCUGAGGUCCAGUUUGGCCAUGCUGGAGCUUGUGCCAACCAGGCGUCUGAGACUGCAAUGGCUAAGAACAAAGCUCUUGAAGAGGCAGGAGCCUGUGUGCCCAAGAGCUUUGAUGAACUGGGUGAUGUCAUCAAAUCUGUGUAUGAUAAUCUGGUGGCCAAUGGUGUGAUUGUGCCUGCCACAGAGCUUCCUCCUCCCACAGUGCCAAUGGAUUAUUCCUGGGCACGCGAGCUGGGUCUGAUCCGUAAGCCAGCAUCCUUCAUGACUAGUAUCUGUGAUGAACGAGGGCAGGAGCUCAUUUAUGCUGGCAUGCCCAUUACUGAGGUGUUCAAGUCUGAGAUUGGACUGGGAGGAACCCUCGGUCUACUCUGGUUCCAAAGAAGGCUGCCGCGCUAUGCAUGUCAGUUCAUUGAGAUGUGUCUGAUGGUGACAGCUGAUCACGGCCCUGCUGUGUCUGGAGCUCAUAACACUAUAGUUUGUGCACGUGCUGGCAAAGACCUGAUCUCCAGCCUCACCUCUGGUCUCCUCACCAUUGGGGACCGUUUUGGAGGUGCUCUGGAUGCAGCUGCUAAGCAGUUCAGUAAGGCAUUUGACAGUGGCAUGCUGCCAAUGGAGUUUGUCAACAAAAUGAAGAAAGAUGGCAAACUCAUUAUGGGCAUUGGACACAGGGUGAAAUCAAUCAAUAAUCCUGACAUGCGAGUGCAGAUCCUCAAAGACUUUGUGAAACAGCAUUUUCCUGCCACUCAGCUGCUCGACUAUGCUCUGGAGGUCGAGAAAAUCACCACCUCAAAGAAACCAAACCUUAUCCUAAACGUUGAUGGUUUUAUUGGAGUGGCAUUUGUGGAUCUUCUGAGGACUUGUGGCGGCUUCACUCGUGAUGAGGCAGAUGAAUUUGUGGAGAUCGGAGCACUGAAUGGAAUCUUUGUCUUGGGUCGCAGCAUGGGAUUCAUAGGUCAUUAUCUGGACCAGAAGAGGUUGAAACAGGGAUUGUACCGCCAUCCUUGGGAUGAUAUUUCUUAUGUACUACCAGAACAUAUGACCAUGUAAUGAUGGAAACUACUGUAGUUAACUUAAAUCAACUGAGAGGUCAGAACUGAACACUAGGGAAUCAAAAUCAGUUUUAUGUGUGUGUACAUGUGUAUAUGCAUUCAUGUAAAUGUGGGUGUGUUUGUGUAAAAAAAAAAAAAAAUCUUUUGUUGUUUGUAAUUUUGUGUAUGCAAGGAUGUAAAACUGAAUUAUUGUCUUGAUAUAAACUGCAGUUGUAGUCAAUAACUUAAAUUACCUAGCAUUCAUUUGCUGUGUUGCAAAGUCAUUUUGAAACUGUGAAAACACUCUAAAACAUUCCAAAUCUCUUUAGUUAACAUGUCUUGCUACUUAAUAUUUAAACCACAUAAAUCUAAUAGUCAUGUUAUGUUGCAAGUCUAAAAGGGAAAUUGGAUUAGAAACUAAAACGCCUGGUUGCUGCAAACAUUCCAGCAUUGUUCAAGUACAUAAAGUACUAAAGUACUGAAAUUAUAUUUUUGAAGCAUGUUUAGAAUCACAUUGUCAGACCAAAGCAUCCCGAUAGCUAAGCAUGAAUUUUGUGAAGUAUUUUGUGAAACAUGCUAAUCAAAAAUUAACAGUGUAUUAUAAGCAGAUACAGUAACAGUGCAAUAAUUCCCUGUGUAUAAUAGAUCAACUAAUAUGCAGGAAAAAGAAUUUUGCUAUUUUUAAUAAUUAAUGUAUAAACAUUAAAGGAAUAUUUUGAACGUCAACGCUAUUUGUAUCAUGCAGCGUGCCAUAAAGUUCUCCAUGAUGUUUACAGUCCAUCUGUCGUUUAGCAGUGCAGCUAUAUGAAGAUCAGAUGAAGCAGUACAGUGUCUGAUAUUUACUUAAGUUUGUUGGAUAAAAUAAUUGUAUUACCAUUCUUUAGAUUACUUUUUAUCCUAGUCAACCUCAACUGUGAUGACAGUUAAGUCUCUUGUAAAGCAGAUUAAUCAGAUGUGGAUUGCUACAUGUAACAAUUCUAAAUUAAUAAAGGUAUUAGAAAUGUA